GUUUUACGACAGUUGGCUAGACCCGUGUACGACGUAGUUAUGGCGGCGUACGGAGUCAGUUUUGAGAGUUCCAGCAACAUCGAAGAAGCGAAAGAAAAGAAACGACAGGCGCGACAAGAGGCGAUACAAAAGGCUAAGCAACAAUAUGAGAAGGAGGAGAGGAGAAAGGAGCUGAAGAGGCAGAGAGGAGAGGACACCUGGAUACUUCCUGAAGUCAACCAGAGACUGGAGCAGUUAGGAGACGAUGGAUCUUUGAAGAGCAAAAAGAAGAAAAAGGAGAAGAAAUCCAAGAAGAAAAAAGAGAAGAAGAAGGACAAGAAAGAGAAAAGGAAAACGGAAGCAGGAGAUGCUUCAAGUGUGGAUUCAGAGGACUCAGCAGAGGAGUGGGUUGAGGCUCAGCCUCCAAAGCAGCCGGCUAAAGCAUGGCAAACGUCAGGAGAAGCCAAGUCUUCAGACAACAGCGGAACCACUGAGCACACUGUCCAGAGAGAUGAAUGGAUGACUUUUGACUUUCUGGCUAUGAAAACCGUAUCAACUUCUGAGCGGCGAGCUGAGAAAGAACGUCAGAAAGAGGUGGAGAGAGCCAAAACGCGUGCCGUGGAACAGGCUAGUUUGGAGAAAUUGGAACUGAACCCUUUCUGGAAAGACGGAGGAAGUGGUUUGCCCCCUGAGGAGAUUGCUGGUACUGCAAAUAAAAAAGCUCCAGUGGUGAACGAUGGAGGCCUGAGCUGGUUGAAGAACAGCUACAGGAGGAUGAAGGAGCAAGCGGAGAGGGAGCAGCGCAGCCUUGACAGUGUGGUGUCGGAAAGAUACGGGUCAGUGGAGGAAUUUCAAAGGAGACUCACUGAAGCUGAGGAGGCUGUGUUUGGUCAACGGAGGGACGGCCGUUCAGAGAGAAACGGACGAACUACGGGAGAGGAAGAGGACAGGAAACGGUGGAGAAGACAUGAAGACACAAAGGAGAGAAGAAGUGACAGAGACUCGUCACCCCGACGCCGAGGCAAAUAUCCUGAGGGUGCAGGAGAGAAGAGGGAGAGACAUCGAGCAAGAGAGGAGGAGAGGAGCCGGGAUGGAGAUGCUUUUAGAGAAAGAGACAGAAACGAGGAUGAAGAAAUGGAUGGAAGAAGAGACAGAGUUAGAGAUAAUGGAGGAGACAGAGGAAGUGAUCGGUACAGAGUAGAGAAAAGGGAAAAACAAAGGCCCGAUGGUCGCAGUUGGAACAAACACGGCGUCUCUUUGAAAGGACGUUUCCUCAAACCUUCUGAGGAUGAUGAUGACUGCGCUGCAGCACCGCAGAGACCUAAACAAGCUGAGUUCCUGAAACCCAGCUCUGAUGAUGAGGAAGACUCUGGCAGCAGGAAAAGUGGAGAUCCAGCCUUGAGGAAAGACGGCUCUUUGGGCCGUGAUCCAGCCAGCCAAAAACGAGCAGGACAGGAAACCCAGAAGGAGGCAGGGAAGACUGUAUUUGCUCCUCAAACAUCUGAACCAUCAAGGACUGAGGAGGAAAGUGAAGAAGAGGAUGAGGAAAACGAUGAGACCCCUUUGCUUUCCGAGGAGGAGAUGAACAGACUGGGCUCCAAACUCAUAAAAGCAGAGAUGAUGGGCAACACCGCCAUGAUUGAAAAGCUGAAAUCCCAGCUGGAGGCGGCGCGGAAAGCCAAGGAGAAUCACACAGCCAGAAAGAAGCAACAGGAAACGGCCGCAUCUAACCGGGCCACUGUUGGCUCCAGUGAAGACCAGGAAGUCCUGCUGUACAGAACGGAUAGCUCUGGCCGGGCCUGGCCAGUCAAAGGCCCAUCUGGACCUGUGGAACCACAUGGAGGACGGCGGAAAAAGAAAGCGAUUGAGACUCAUGUUGGUGGAGAGCGGGUCCGCUACUUCCAAGACGACGACAGAUUGGAUCUUCAGGAGAUGGUCCGCAGAGAGAAGAUGAGCUCCGCUAUGGACCAGAACGCGCUCUACUCGCGAAUGGCUUCCAAGAUGAUGGGCAAGACGGACGGGGACAACUACACCCUGGACGACAUGUUUGUGUCGAGUGCGGCCCAGAGAGAGGGUGAAGGAAGAGAAGAAGAGAGGAUGAAGAACAAAGCUGUCGGAGAGAGCAGGAGGCUGGCUGCCUCCAUGGAGAAAUGCCAGUUCUGCUUCAGCAGCCAGGAGCUCCAGAAGCAUCUGAUUGUUGCCAUAGGCUGCAAGGUGUACCUGAGUCUGCCUGCAGGAGUGUCCAUGACAGAGGGACACUGUCUCAUCUGCCCCCUUCAGCAUCACAGCUGUGGAACGGCGCUGGAUGAGGACGUGUGGUCAGAGAUGCAGAUGUUCCGGAAGACUUUGGUGCGAAUGUUUGAGGACCAGGACUUGGACUGUGUGUUCAUGGAAACGCACAUGAACCCUCGCAGGAAACUGCACAUGGUCCUGGAGUGCAUCCCUCUGCCCAGGGAACUGGGCGACAUGGCACCAAUAUACUUCAAGAAAGCGAUAAUGGAGUGUGAUGAGGAAUGGGCUAUGAACAAGAAGAUUGUUGACCUCUCCUCUAGAGACAUUCGUCAAGCUGUUCCUCGAGGUUUACCAUACUUUGCUGUGGACUUUGGUCUGCAGGGAGGGUUUGCUCAUGUUAUUGAAAAUGAGCAGAAGUUUCCUCAUUACUUUGGGAAGGAAAUAGUCGGCGGCAUGAUGGACUUGGAGCCGCGCCGCUGGAGGAAGUCGAUCAGAGAAAACUUUGAUGAUCAGAGGAAAAAAGUCCUGCAGUUUGCAGCGUGGUGGAAACCGUUCGACUGCACCAAAACGGAGGGCUAACCGAUCCCUCUGUCAGUCCUGGGGGGUCUCUGCAGAACUGAAGGGACUAAAAAACAAACCCAGGGAAAGGUUGUAGAGACAGAUGUAAAUACUUAAUGAUUUGAUGUUCAAAAAUGUGUUUUCUUAACCAAUGUGGACAUUUUUAAGAGAGGUGAAUAAAUUAUAUGUCACAGA